AUGAGACCAUCUCCUGCCACUUUAUUUCAUGAGUCGCCUCUGAGCCUUUUGACUAGGCCAUGGAAGAAAAACCGGGACGGAACACUUUUCUACGGAGUUUCAAAGUCGGGAAACAACAGAACACCUCUAACAACUAAGCAAGGCAACAAAACCAUGUACAAGGGAACACGUUCGUCUGGUAUUGGUAGGCACACAAGAUAUGGUGGAUACACCAUUCAAUGGGAUAAGGUUCGCACGUACGUAACACCCAAAAACUUCAAUACAGAGCUCAAGCCGCUUGUGAGCCAUAACCUACCUGAACUAAGGCACUCCUUCUCAGGCUACCAGAAAGGCGCGUUAGACUCCCGCCUAUAUUUCGAGAAGUUGAAGGAAUAUGUCAAGAAUGGUAAAGCUCAGGGAGAGGCUACGGAUGUUAAGUGUUAUGUGGAGAGAGGAUGA